AUGUCGUAUAUCAGGAUGCACUUGGAGUGGAGGAAGGACGGGAAACACUCGUCCAUCCGAGCUUCGAAACGAUCCCCGCAUGCUAGUGACAAGGAGUGGGGCGAGUGGUGCCAGAGCCUCUACCAAGACGUCAUGUCUUCACUACAGCCCAACGAGGUCCCAGUCCCCUCCUCCUUCCCUUCCAGGGCGAACAAGGACGAGAGUCCUGCGGAGCCGGCAGCCCCCAUGCCUGAGGCUGAGGACAGUGCGGAACCGCAGCGGGAGGACCCGCUAGAGGCGCUAAUGAGCAGUUGGCAGCAGCUGUCGAUCGAGGGAUGCGACCUGAACGAGAUCUUCUCGAAGCUCGACCUGGACAAAAACGGGAGGGUGAGCAAGGACGAGCUGCGAGAGAUCUUUAUCCAGCUGCACAUCCCCGUGGAGAACGUGGACAUCGAUAAGGUUUUCCACGCUCUGGAUGCGAACCAGGACAACUCUAUCGACAUCGACGACAUCCGUCAGAUCAUCUUCCGCCGCAUCGACCUGCAGGUCAUUGAGGACCUGGCCAACAACCUCGACUGGGCGAAGCUGUUCGCAAGGAAGUUCAUCUCGCAGACGAAGCAGGGGAAGCGGCGCGCCUCCCUCUCCGGGGCCAUCGAGCGAACCCUGAGCAACCGUUCCCUGAUCCAGAACCUUUUGGACGACGUUAAGAAGGAAGUCGCGGUGCAGCUGGAGCAGAAGCUCAACGAGAAGUUGAGCUCGAACAAGACCAGGAGCAUGGCUCCGCAAAGUUCGUUCAAGGACAAGUUCUCCAUGUCCUCCAGCCACCUGCGGAACGCAGGGUUCGGCUCUCUGCGAUGGUUCAGGAGGGGUCUGGACGGAACGAUCGGCCUCCCUGCCAUCAACGUGAAGGAGGCGAUGGAGCUUGAGCACAGCUCGCUGGAGACGUUCAUCACGGGGAACUACCAACUGAGGACCUGCCCAGCUGAGGAGUGGGAGUUCGUGGUGAGCCCAUCCGAGGCAAGGAAGUACCCCGGGGAGGAGAGCGAGGAAGAUCCGGGGGGAAGGAAGCGAUGCCUCCUGUCGGAGCUCAUGCAGUCUCCGCUCGUUGCUGCGUCAGGGCUGACGGAGGAGGAGCUGAUUGCGCUGAGGCUGUACACGGGGCCGAUGUACAUGCUGUACAACGAGGUGCUGCGAGGAGCGCUGCACAGGAAGAAGCAGAAGGGCCAGUUCUCCUAUGUGACAACCAUCCACAUGAUCAACAGCGGCAUCCUGAAACUGGCCAGCGCGUCUCCUCUGCCGCCCGGCAGGAAGGUCUACCGAGGCCUCUCGGGGAUGAGGCUCCCUGAAUGCUUCUUCGUCGACGAUGCGUCGGGAUGUCGAGGAGGCGUCGAACUUGCUUUCAUGUCGACGACGGUCAACUUUGACGUGGCGCUGCAGUACACAGGCAGCAGGGACAGCCUCCUCCCCAUCAUCUUCGAGAUCAGCAUGGGGCAGGUGGAUCGGGGAGCGUCAUUGCAUUGGCUGAGCCAGUACCCGGAGGAGAACGAAGUCCUGCUCCCUCCCCUCUCCAACCUGGAGGUGAUCGGGUCCCCCAAGGCCGAGGUCUUCGGAGAGAGGAACGUGCUCGUGUUCUCGAUGCGGCUGAACGUGAACCUGAAGAGCAUGAACAAGGAGGAGCUGGAGGGGAGGAGGAAGGCCCUGCACAUGAACGCCCUCAACAACACCAUGCAGGAGAUCGAGCGAGAUCUGUUCCAGCGGGUUGCGAUGCUGCCGAAGGGAGACGCAGGGACGGUGAGGGGGGAGGGACGCAGGGUGGUGGAGCGGAUCCUGGAGGAGUGCAACAGGUUUGUGGAGCUGUACGAGUCGCAAGACGUCCGAUGGUACAACAAGGACAUGCACUACAAGCAUGCGCUUGAGGAGAGCUCGAACUUGCGGUCCCUCUCGCUCGAGCUCUUCUCCUACUGGGAGGAGAACACUGAGGUGGCGGACUACAACAUAGACGCGCUUUCCAUGAUUCAGGUCCACCGUCUCAAGAGCUCCUUCCUCCUCCAGUGCUACAGGGAAGCGGAGACGGAAGAGGAGAGGAAGCAGGCCGCGCUCAAGAUUGUCAUCUGGGAAGGGCUGGUGGAGAGCGAGGAGAAGAUUGACACGAAGCGCGGCUUCGACGGGGAUACGGCUCUCAUCACUGCUGUAGCUCAGGGCAACGUGGAUCAGACUAUCCUUCUCCUCGACGCCAGCUGCUCCAUCCACGCGCAGAACCGCAAGGGCUUCACUGCCCUCGCCACAGCAUCCCUCAACGGCCACCUGGACUGCGUGCGGAUCCUUCUCGAGAGGAAGGCAGACGUGGCCAAGAUGAACGACAGGAGCGAGCCUCCCCUCUUCCUCGCCUGCCGCUCCGGACACGUCGAGUGCGUGAAGCUGCUGAUCGAGUAUGGCGCGCGGGUGCAGACGAGGGCGAUGGAGGGCAACUCGAGCGUCUUCGUAGCAGCCGAACAGGGGCACCUGGACGUGCUGCAGGAGAUCGUCAACGUGGCAGGCACUAAGAUCCUCCUGCAGAGGAACGCCAAGGGCUGGACCUGCCUCCACCUAGCUGCCCAGCAGGGGCACCUGGAGGUUGUGAGGUUUCUCGUCGAGCAGGGAGGGCAUCGACUGUUUCGCUCCAAGGACGGGACAGGACGGACGUGCCUACACUGGGCGUCGAAGUUUUCUCGCAAGUCGUCGCAGAAGUCUGUGCUGCAGCUGCUGAGGGAGCUGCCCGAGCUGAGGCUGGAGGACCCUGACAACCAGUCGCGCAACUGCAUGCACCUUGCGGCCCGCUAUGGCUGCGAGGAGAACCUCGAGUACAUCUGCAGGGAGGGAGGGGCAAGCCUGCUCACGGAAGACAUUUACGGUUUUUCCCCUCUCCACCUGGCGUGCCUGUCGGGCGUCCGUGAGUGUGUGAAGCUGCUGUGCGAGAUCGGAGGGACAGAGCUGCUGUGGAGGAAGAGCAGGCAAGGAACCAUCGCCUUCCACUUCAGCUGCGCCAACGGGAGGAGGAAAAUCACCGAAGACCUUCUCAACUUGGGAGGAAACGAACUCAUCAAUGCUCGCAGCUCUGACGGCAGGACGCCAAUCUUCUAUGCUGCGAUGAAUGGACACACCCGAGAGGUGGAGCUGCUCUGCAACGUUGGAGGAGCGGCCAUUCUCGAAGCCAAGGACGACGAGGGCUGGAAUGUGCUGCACUGGCUGACGGAGGGGAAGAUGGGGGAGGCAGAGGCGGAGGACUGGAACACGCGGGUCAACCUGGCCAACAAGAAGGAGUGCGCGAGCUUUCUCUGCCGGGCGUCUCCUGCUCUCCUCUGGGAGCGAGAGCCACUGGAAGGGCGCACGUGCAUGCACCUUGCAUGCGCCAGCGGCCACCUGGACAUGGUUGCCCUCCUGUUUGCAGAGGCAGGCAGGCCGAUGCUGCUGGAGCGAGACAUCAAGGGCAGGACAUGCCUGCACUCGGCAGCGUGGGAAGACAAGCUUGAGGUGAUCCGAUACCUGUGGGACAUCGGAGGAGAGGACUUGCUCUUUCUCACGGACGAGACGGGGAUGACCUGUGCCCACUACGCGGUGCUGAACAGCAGGAGGAACUCCGACGAGACUGACGAGUUGGAGGCGGAGACGGAUGGUCUGGAAGGCAAUCAUGCGGAGAAUGACGAGGCGGGACAAGCGAGUUCAGAAGACGAGGAAGAGAAGGACAAGAGAGCUGAGGAAGGCUUCUCGCUGCUGGAUGCUACGAUGAGCGUCAGCCUUCAAUCCUCAAUGAUACAUGCUGCUGCAGAGACGGAAGUGCUCCGUUUCCUGCUCAGCGUGGGCAAGCGAAAGCUGCUGGAGAUGAAAGACAACGAAGGCAACACCGUGCUGGACAUCGCGAUAGCUAAUGACCUGGGCGACUGCCAGGACAUCAUCGAGAAAGCGUUCAAGCGUAACACGUAG